CGGCACUUCCCUCUCCCAUCCCCCCGCCGCGAUGCUCGGCAGCAGCAGGCCGGACACCGCGCAUGCGCAGACUGUACCAGGACGCGGCGGCCGCCGUAUGUGUGUGUGUAAGGGAAGAAAGAGAGACAAGUAACCGGCAGCGGCAGAUUUCCCUCCUCCUCUUCCCCUACCGGCCAGCCCGCCGCAGCAGCCAUGUCGGGACGCUCGGUCAGAGCCGAAACACGAAGCCGGGCUAAAGAUGAUAUCAAACGGGUUAUGGCCGCCAUCGAAAAAGUACGAAAAUGGGAAAAGAAAUGGGUAACUGUCGGAGAUACUUCGCUUAGGAUUUACAAAUGGGUGCCUGUAGCUGAGCCGAAAUCAGAUGAUAUUGAGUUGAAAGUGACAGAUGAGAAUUCGGGACUUCUGAGGCGACCAAAACCCUGUGGAAAAAAGACCAAAAACAAAAAAAAAGCAAAGGAUGAGAAAUGUGGAUCAGAACUGACAACCCCAGAAAACAGCUCCUCCCCUGGGAUGAUGGACAUGCAUGAUGACAACAGCAACCAGAGCUCUAUAGCUGAUGCAUCCCCAGUUAAGCAGGAGAACAGCAGUAAUUGCAGCCCUGCCCCUGACAACCUGAACACACAGGCAGACAGUACGGAGAUGAAAUCUGAGGAAGCCCAUUCUAAUGCUAGUGAACACCAGGACUCUGAAGUGACUUCAGGACAAAAUUCACAGUCAUCGGUUGAAAGUUCAUUAGCCAGUUCAGAGAAAACAGAGACACAAACUUCAGUUGAUAAAGAGAUUGCUGCAGAGACCUCUAAACAUUCUCAGGAUUCUGAUGAUGGUGCCCCUCCGUGCAAAAAGACGAAAGGUGACAGUUCGCAGCAGAACACCGAAUCAAUGUAGACUAUCCAGCUCAAUUUUAUUUUUAUUUUAUUUGGGGUCUGUUUACUGUAAGGUACAUUGGUUAUUGCAACAAUAGGACAGCCUUACUUAAAGUAUCUUUGUCUCUUCAAUGAGAAUAGGACUCUACUUUUUCAACCUACAAAGCAAAAAUCUGACAAUGCCUGGAUAGGAGGCCAGGACUUGAGGAAGCUGAAGUCUUUCUGUGAGAACUCAGAAUACCAAGGAAAGUCUGUUGAAGUAGUUGAUGUAAACACUCAGGAGGGUCUACGCACUGUUUUCUGUAGUCGUUUUUACAUUUGUGUUGCUGCUGUAUAUAUAUAUAUUUUCCAUUUUGCUAUUUAACAUGUAAGAUAUUUAAAGAUGGUACCUGUUCAGUUGUAAGCCUCCACGUGAAUUUACAUAAUUCUGGUUUUGUUAUUGUGCCUUUUUGAUCUAGAAUUAUUAUUUUAAAUAAAGAUCCACAUAAGUGGGUGAAUUUAUUUAGGUAAAGUCUAACACUUGUAGCAAAGUUGGGAUAAGCCAUUUUCACAUGUGGAGUUGAGGUGAUCAUUUUUUUUUUUUUUGCCCCUAUUUGAAUGCUUUCAUUUACAAACUUUCCCAUCCAAGUCCAUGCAUUCCACAUCCUCUACCUGCGUCUGCUAGUUUGUAUGUACUUCUUUACGUGUUAUAGAAACACAACUUUAGUACAAUGUAACUAGCUAUAUCUCUGUUCCAGGCAGCUCAUUUAAUAUUUACAUUGUGCUCUAGUCAAUGGUUCAUCCAUAUUUCUUUUUUACUGUAAAGAAAUUGAUUUUUAUAUGUUUUUAGUUUUGUGGUUUCUUCUAAGAUCAUGUGUUUAGUCAAAGCAGGAUUGGUUUUUAUGCUACAUAUAUUAAUUUGCGUAUAAAAAAAAUGUGUGUGUAUGUAUGUGUGUAUAUAUAUAUAUAUAUAUAUAUAUAUAUAUAUAUAUAUAUAUAUAUAUAUAUAUUCCAACAGUUUAAAUUGAUUUAUAUCUUCAGAUUAUGUCAAUGCUUUCAAAUUGUGGAAACUGUCUCAGCUACUGGAAAAGAGCUAAUGUAUGGGUGGGUAAUAGCAUUAUGAUUUAUAAGAAGGCUACAGCACUGCCUGUGUGAGUCUUGUGUACAUACGGUUCCAUUCCAUGAAAAGCAGCACUAUUCUACAGUGUGUGGCUUUACUGUUCAAUAGAUCAAAUAUUUAAUUGCUAGCUUUUAGAGUAUGUAUUUUCCUUCCCUGAUUAUGUAUAGUUUGCAAUUAUGUUUUAUUAUUCAGAAAAUGUUUCUUAGUCUUUCCAAAUCACGUUAAAUUGGUAGUCCAGCGCCAUGAAAGGCUGUCUGAAUUGCUCUUGUGGACUCUAGAAAGCUUAGUGGUGCUAUCUCCUUAAUGUUUGUAUACACAAUACACUAUGUUGAAACAAAAUGACAAUACAUGUUAACUUAUUGGAUGGCUGCAGUCAUUUUCUAGCCAAUAAAUGUAUUCCAAGGAACGUUUCUUGCCAGUUCUGUCUAUAAACGGGCAUUUUAUCAUGUAACUGCAGAGCUGCCAGUCCUCCCUUCUGCGUUCCAUAACAUGAAAAUGGCUUCAUAAGAUUGUAAUGAAGUUACUUCCACUCACCCUGGUUGACAUUUGGCAUGUCUCGCAUAUUUUGCAUGGGAUAGACCUUAGCAUUCAGCAUUCCAUGCAGUUAUGUUUUUCUUUUUAAUUAUACAUUCCCUAUAAAAAGAUAAACAUGCAUUUUGCGUUCUAUGUGUAACUUUAAUUCUGUGAUCUUGCAUAGACCAUUAAAUACUACCUGUUACUCAGUAUUUUCUUCCGUAAACUAAUUAUUAAAGAUGCUGGAGCGAAGACUGACUGUUGUUAAACUCCAAAUAGUUUCAUCUAUAUAAAUUCACACACUUCUACCUAAAAACUGUUCUCUUCCAUUUUCUAUUCUGCAAACUUUUGAAUAGCCUGUUUCUGUAACGUGUCUGGAAAAUGUCCGUGUUACAUAUUUGCUGCCAGUUCUUUAAGUAGAAUUUGAUGCUGCAGGAUUGUGGAGCGUUCAUGGAGUCCUUUCCAUCAUUCUUAAUAUACCUCAAGAUUUUACAUUAAAUGUACAUUUUCUAAAAGCUGACACUAAAGUUGUUUACAGCACUGUGUCUGCUUCACCAGUAUCGGUGUCAGAGUGAGAACGUACCUUGCAUGGUCCACUAUCAAGAAUGCAAAGACUUGCACAUAUCACCUAAUCUAUAAUCCUUGUGUUGGCUAUAGUAAUCUAAGGGGGAAAUGUAUUAAACCUCCUAAAAAGCGGACAAAUUAGCCAGUUAACUAGAAUGAAUCAAGUACAUUCUAAUCUAUAAAAUGAUAGUUAGAAGCUGGUUGUUUGCUAUAAGCAGCUUCACCACUGAUCCAGUUCUCCAUUCUUUAGAUUGUUUGAUACCUCUCCCCCAAAGUCACAACGCUCCCUCUUUAUAUUGCCAGACACAGCCACAACUAGUAGUAUAGCUAGGAUAGAGGAUACACUGUGGUUCGACACAUUUCGUAUACAGUAAUGCAAAGAACACAUCCUUGUGCUAAGAGAUUGGGCAUUAUAACACAUAACCACUUUACACAAACACUUGGAAAUAAAUGUUAAAAUCUUUGCAUGGAGCCUUUUACUGGUUUGUCUGAUCAUAGAAUGGUUUAAAAAAAUAAAAUAGCCUGGUUCAAUUUGAGUGCUUUUGAUAACAUUUUGGCCCAGAUUUAUCAAGCCUUGGAGAGUGAUAAAUUGCACAGGGAUGAAGUAGCAACCAAUCAGCUCUUAACUGUCAUUUUUUUUUUCAAACACAGCCUGUAACAUGGGAGUUAGGAGCUGGUUGGUUGAUAACUUAUCACUUUCCAAGGCUUGUUAAAUCUGAGACUUUAUGGCAAUAUCUGUUCAGUGACGGGUGUGUUCUGAAGUGGGGUUAAUGGUAUGUUUAAUUAAAUUUGUUUUGUGCAAAUAAUGUCAUUUCUAUAACAAGUUUCUCUGUAAGGGGAGGUGAAUAUUGCUUGCAGUGAGGUUACCAUCAAUUCUGAAAUACAGUAAGCCUGUCUCAGUGAGAACAGGUGUUUUGUCUGAUAUAGGUAUAGGCUGCAGUUUAUGCUAUUUGAUACCAUAACAAUGGGUAGUGAUUGUAUCCUGGCCAAUGAUAACUUUAAAUGAUUCCCAUUGGCUACCUAAUUAUAAGCCAGUCCGUUAUUGCAAGCACCCAUGAAAUUGUAAAUCUAAACGUUAACUAUAUAAUAUCACCUGUCCCUGUCAUAAUCAUAUACUGUAUGACAAAACUGAAACCAAACCUGAAAAUAAAGCUGAUAUUGGUGCA